AUGAUUAUGCUGUUUUUGAGUUUCACCUGCAGGAUGAAGGAAUAUUUGACAAACUGCACAGCCCAGAGUGAAUUUCACCUCUCAGGUUUUUCUCUCUCCGAUACUUUCCAGCCAGUGCUUUUCAGUGGGACAGUGGUAAUGUUUUUAUUAACGGUGUUGGGGAACCUGAUCUUUACUGGUCUGGUGUACACCACCCCUGAGCUGCACACACCUAUGUACUACUUCCUGUGUAACCUCUCAAUUGAGGACAUGAUUUACGUUUCUUCUACUUUACCAAAGCUUUUAGCCAUUACAAUAACCUCUGACACCAGAAUAAUGUUCCCUGAAUGCAUUGCACAAAUGUUCCUCUUUACGUUUUGUGUCGGGACGGAAUUUCUACUUCUAAGCUCCAUGGUGUAUGACCGCUAUGUGGCCAUCUGUGUCCCUUUGCGUUAUACUAUCAUCAUGAACAAGGAUGUGUGUGUUGGAUUAUUCUCAUUGCCCUGGCUCAUGGGAUUUCUGAAUGCACUGAUUCAUGCUGUGUUGGUCUCACAUUUAUCCUUCUGCUAUUCCCACAACAUUAAUCAUUUCUUCUGUGACCUGAAGACCAUGAUAGCGCUCUCCAGUGAUGACAUUACCACCAUUGAGAUGCUGGUGGCUGUUGAAUGUGUAUUCUUGGGAGUAAUACCUUUCGUCAUGAUAUUAAUGUCUUAUACCUGUAUAAUCACUGCAAUUCUAAUGAUACGUAGCUCAACUGGGAGAGUCAAGGCGUUCUCCAGCUGCUCAUCCCAUCUCACCAUAGUGGUAUUAUUCUAUGGUGUGUCACUCAGUUCCUAUAUGAUCCCAGAGUCACUGCAUUCCCAGGAACAAGAUAAGGUGCUGUCCCUUAUUUACACCGCUCUGGUCCCAAUGUUAAACCCUCUAGUUUACAGUUUGAGAAACAAGCAGGUCCUGGGAGCUAUAGACGCCUUAGUGAAAAGGUGCUUAAAAUGUCUCUCAGCUUGA